CAAAUUCAGGUCCUCCUGCCUGUGCAGCAACCACUUUACCCACUGAGUUAUAUCCCAUGGUCUCCAGUUCCAAGUUUUAUUUUGGCAAAAUAUCCUGAAUUAAAUCACUGGUUUUUUUUUGUCCUUGAUAAGUAAAUAGAGGAAGCGAAGGUGUUAAAAUGUAAAAAUAACCAAUGAUGAAAAAGUCCAGGGUGCUAGGGCACAAGGUAUAUUAAGAUAGAUGUCUGAAGUCCUAAUGCCUUCUUCCUCUCCACGUUCUGCUUUGGUUAGGACUUAGUGAAUCAUAGUCUAUUGAGGGUGGGCUUGAUAUCAGCGCCCAGGCGGAAUGAAUAAAAGUAUUUCUGUUUACCUAGAAAGGUGAGUGGAGAGAACCACAAGCUCUCACCCCAACUCUGAAGGGGAAUGAAAACCUGUAGAAUUCAGGGACAUUGAUCUGCAUCUCGGGAAGGAGGAAGAAGUCCGGCAUCAAGGCUUCUUUCUUCAGUCUGAUAUGUCUAGUCCUGUUGCUUUUGGAUGCACCGUGUCACUGUUAGUUCUGGGUUCUCAUCUUAAUCAUCUCUAAUAGCAACCAGAGAAUCGGAGUUGGCUCGAGUUCCGGAGGCAGGCUGGCAGGAUUUGGGCUUGGUUGGAAACUCCCUGUUCCUUCUGUGGUGUCUCAGUUCAGGAAAUUGUUCUUGACCUCCCUGGCCCCAUGCUCACUGCACUUGAGGAAUUUAUUUCUCCUCCCUUGGUUACACAUUCUCUAGCUGCACCUCCAGAAUCUGAGGAACUUCCCGUCAGUUAGACUCACUCCUUGGCAAACCCGGAGUCCUUUGUAAACACUCUCAUCGUUUCGUUCCCUAAUAAACGGGUCUAGUGUUUCCUGCAGGUCCUUUCCUUCUGCUACUUGUUUUUUUCAUUUACUUUCUGAAGGACUUUACUGUGGAAGGACCCUUGUGGGAGGAAGAGACUUUUAUCUCUUGUUCUGCCAUUGUUGCUUGCUGAGUUUGGUACGAAUGCGUUGCCUUGCUGAGCUUCUAGCUAUUUUCUCAGGAUAGGGCUAAGAUGAAUGCAUUUUAAUACUUCACCUUUCCAUAUCAUUUAGGGUCUUACUUGGUCUCAGAUGCUCUGCCAAGCUGCCCACCUGUUGCAGUUCACAGCAAUGCUAUUCUAUAUUUGCUAUCAUAUUUAUUUUAGUGUAUGUAAAUGAGCAUAAUUUUUUCCUUUGCAGUAAAUAUCUUUUGAACUCAUGUGACUAUAUACCGGAUACUUAGACUAAAUAAAAAGAACAGGAAAAGUGUGACCAAACCUCCCUGCCUCACAGUGCCACUGGGAAUAGAGGUGAACGUUCACACACAUGGAAUGCCAUAGGAAGCAGAAUUGGAGGUGACCAGCAAAGCAGAUGGAUUUUCUUGAUGGGUAUAGGGUUCAGGUCGGUGGCAUGAGAUUGAAUGCAGAAGCUGCACUGCUACCACACUGAGGAUGUGCCUGACCUACCCCUGGAUGAAGGAAGGCAAGAUCCAUCCAUUUGUCAGCUUAUUCUGACAUUGACCUCAGUCACCGAAUGACUAUGUCUCCUUCAUCCAAAGAUUUGGAAUAUUCAAGUGCUUUCUCUUGAUGGUCUUGAAGAAGAUGGACACCACCAUGUCUUCUAGAAACAAAAGGAAGUGAGCUUAACUAACAGAAAGAAUACCUUUGGAACGGAACUUCCUUCUUCGGAUGGGAUGAAACCUCAGGUACCACUUGGGUGAUAGGCAUCUGAGACAUGAGCCAUCCAGCAGGACACUGCCUUUGAAGCUUGGUUAAUGACAAGUUUGCAUUUGGAUGUAAAUUUUGUUUUUCAACUCUAAAGUUAAACAACUUUACCAAAGAAGAAAGAUAGGUGGAUGGAGAUGUGGUUUCCUGAUGAGGAUCGUGUCCUGCUGUUAUGGAGGAGUUUGGUGUGGUAUUAGCACCCACACCCAGCAGCUCACAGCUGCCAGCAACCCUUGCUCCAUGGGAUCUAACACAUUGCUCUGGCCUCCACAGGUACUGGCAUCAGAGGCCAAUAGCAUCGGAAGCCAAUAGCAUUCCAGCUGGACUGGCAUCUACCCAUGCGUCCCUUCCCUGUCUGCCGGCGGCCAUGAGGGAUCUUCUUCAGUAUGUUGCCUGCUCCUUGGCCCUUUGCUCCACUGCGUUUUUGGUUGUGGCAACCUGGACUGACUGUUGGAUGGUGAACGCUGAUGACUCUCUGGAGGUGAGCACAAAAUGCCGAGGCCUCUGGUGGGAGUGUGUCACAAAUGUUUUUGAUGGGAUUCGCACCUGUGAUGAGUAUGACUCAAUCUAUGCAGAACAUUCCUUGAAGUUGGUGGUAACCCGAGCACUGAUGAUUACAGCGAACAUUCUUGCUGGCUUUGGAUUUAUCACCCUGCUCCUGGGUCUUGACUGUGUGAAGUUCCUACCUGAUGAGCCACACAUUAAAGUCCGCCUCUGCUUUGUUUCCGGGACCACAUUACUGAUUGCAGGUGCCCCCGGAAUUGUUGGUUCUGUGUGGUAUGCUGUGGAUGUCUAUGUCGAACGUUCCUCUCUAAUUAUACACAAUAUAUUUCUUGGGAUCCAGUAUAAAUUUGGCUGGUCCUGCUGGCUUGGCAUGGCUGGGUCUUUGGGUUGCUUUUUGGCUGGAGGUCUCCUCACCUGCUGUUUGUAUCUCUUUAAAGAUGUUGAACCUGAGAGGAGCUAUUCUUAUGCCAUGAGGAGGCGCUAUUCCACGGCAGGUACUUCCAUGGUGAGGUCCUACAUGGCCCCUCGGACAGAGACAGCCAAAAUGUAUGCUGUAGACACCAGGGUGUAAAAUCGGCCAAAUGUCAAUCUGUGUUUCUACGUUGUUUAAUUAAUCGAUCAAUGUAUUUAAAUUAAGAAAAACAAAUGAUCAAUUUUGGAGCAUUUAUUUACAUCUCAAAUUCAAUGUAUUAUUUGUUGGUUCAAUCAAAAUAUUUCUAAUUUUGCUGUCACAUCUUUUAUAAAUCUUGUGACUGUUCCCCCACAGUCUCUGUGUAUUUUGAGUUAAGGCUGAUAGAAUGUAGAAAUACGUUUCAGGUGUCUUUACUGCCUUUGGAGAUUAUGGCAGGGUGAUAUUAAAGUGAAAUGAUGCUUCAGAAACACAAAGCAAUUGAAAACAGGUCCAAAGUUCUAAUUUUGAAAGGAUCGAGGAGCUCUUAGCUCUCCCCGACUCAAAGCACAAUUUUUAUAUUCUCAGGAAACUUGUCAGUAACUUGAAACAAGGCUAUUGCUCUAAAUUUAAACUUGUAUAUCAGAAUCUACCAUAUUCAAAUAUUAUUCAAAUGGAAACAGAAAAAUACCAGCCUCAUGUCCCAGACUCCAGUGGGAGCUGCAGAUGGGAACUUCCCUCUCACAUUCGAAAUGUCAAUGGCAAAGGCUGAAUUAAUGUUGGAGUCAAGGGGAAUGUCUUCCCAAGAACGCAAGAGAUCAAAGGAUAAUUUUCACAUCACCCCAAAUCUGCCUAUGCAUGGUCAAAUUAUGUUUUGCUGUAUAAUGACUUGACCAGGGAGUUCCUCCAAAAUGGAUUGAACACUCGAAAUGUACAACAUUAGAAUUCACCAGCUAAGAACUCACUCAUCAGCCGACUCAGAGUGGAGCAAAUACAAAUGGAUUCUAUUAUUCUAGAGUUGAACCUCAAAUCUACAGAAGAAAUGUGUGAGGUUUGUUUUUAGGAAGACAAAAAAAAAAGGAUAACAUAAGCACUUAAAGGAGCCAGUGCAGACUCUUAAUGAGAUACAUGCGUGUUUCCAACAUAUUCACUCUUUUAAAUCAUAAAGUCCUUUAAAAAGCUAGAAAAUUUAAUAUCAGAUUUUUGGGUUUUUUUUCCAAUUCAAACAGACAACAUAAAUACUCUUAUACUACCCUAUAAAAAAGCACCAAACAAACUAAAAUUUAUUUCUUUGGGAAAAGAGAAAGGAAGUUAUUAAUUUCUGGAUUCCCCCAAACAAGUGCUUCUAACUUAGAAAAUUAAGAGUAAUAUGAAAAUGAAAUGUCAGAACACUACUGUGACAAAUUUAUGGGGAUAUCACAAAAUGUCUUCUUAAUUCUGGCUUCUGGAACAAUUAUAAUUUAAUCUUACCUCUAAGAACAGUUGGAUUCACCUAUCUUGUUCACGGAUUUCUUUAUUGGUGUGGUGGACACAUAAAAUCCUAUAGAUCAUACCUAGUCAUCACGUGGAUAUUAUUCUAUGCAUUUCAAAACCUUUUAUACAUUUUUCUCUGCUUGUUUUAAUUUUGAGUGUUAGUUGGGAGUGUUUGAGUACAUGCCUGUGUGUACACGUGUACAGGUGUGUUCAGAGGCCAGAGGAAGAUGUCGGUUGUAAAAGUGUCCUGUCUCAAAAAUCAAAAAAAAAGUGUUAAUUCUUUCCUUGACACAAUCAAACGGGAAGAGAGUCCCACAGAGAGACAGUGUAGGUCAGGUUCACCUAUGGGUGUGUCUGUUGAGGGUUCUGACCCUUCCCUCCAGCCAUUACCCUCUUGGUUCCUGGGGUAACGACUAUCCUGUUUCAAAUGCAGUAGAUUAGUUUUAUCAGUUUUUAAAUAAUUGUCUGUUUAUCACUCCUAUCCAAUUUCUUUCCUUCAGUAUCAUAGUGAAGUUUAUGAUACAUCUGCCUGGUUGCAUGUCGCUAUGUAGCUUAUGUAGUUAAGGCUGUUAAUUUUGUUACUGUAACAUUACUGGAUGAACAUUCUCGUGAACUCCAUUUUAGCAGUGAUAGACAUUUGAUUUGUUUCCAAUAUUUUCCUAUUAUAAAUGAGGUUGCCAUGAGUACUCCUGAAUGUGGUUUGUCAAUCAUCUGCAUCAUGUUUCUUGUAAACCUGACAAUUAGGUUGCUCUAACAGAGGUAUAUGUAUGCUCAUUGUGGUGGAUGACAUAGUCUUCUAAAGUGUGGUACCAACUUCAGCCUCACAGUUGUGUGGGAAUUCCAGGUGCUACACAUCUGUAUGAACACUGGUGUUCUCUGUUCCUAUAGCCAAUCUAGUGUUACAAUGAACAGUAACAUACACUGGCAUUGAAAAGCAAAAAUUAAAAUUACAUUUAAUUUUAUUCUCCCUAGUGGAUAGUAGACUAUUGUAUGCUUUGUAAGUUUUUUAAUAUUCAUUCAGUUAUAAGUUUUCCUACUGUAUUUCUUGUUUCCUGUUUUUUUCUUAUUGAUUAUUAGGUAUUUAUCAUUUUUUUUACACUAGGCCAUAUUCAGAAAUAUAAAACACAAAUGAAAUGCAGCAUUUUCUUUAACUCUAUGAAUGGUGUUUUUGACUGAAAUUAUUUAUAACACAUUGCAGUUCUUUAUAUUUCCUUGGCAGCUAUUAUUUUUUUGUAUUUGAUAAAUAUUUAGACAUUUUGGGGACCUACUCCUCCACUUUUUUAUGUUUUAUAUAUCUGAAUAAUCAUUUACAUUUAAUUUUAUUCAAACUGUAACAGUAUGCAAAAAUCUGUAAGUCUCAAGUUCAUUAAAUGAUAAUUUUAAUACACCCAACAUACUAUAUAAUUAGGUUUGAGAUUAAGAAACAAUAAUAGCAUAAAACUCAUGACUUAUAUAAAUUCUGAAAAUUACUCUGUAACAUGGUUAACAACUGACUCAAAUUUGAAAAUCAUGUUAGGUAGUUGAGAGAAGAUAAUACAUACAAUUUUAUUGUGUUAUAGAACUGCACAGUUUUCUUCUUAUAUUCUGUCUUUAAUUGUAGAAUCAUGAGUUUUAAAUUUUUAAAUAAUCUGAAUGCAAUGUAAUGAUAAUAUAGUGCAAUUAAAUGUAUUAUUUAAAAAGCUGAAUGCAAGAACAAAAUACAAAUGUAUCUACAUAGUUAUGUUAUUUAUUGAUAUUAAUAUGAAAUAAUAUGAAAGAUAGUUUCUUCAGUGUCCAAGGUUAAUUUUUCUUAACAUCGGUUGCAUUAGAGAAAUGCUUCCUACAUGUUAGGGUUGGCAUUUUAUUCUGUUUAAAAGCACAAGCAGUUUUUUGAUUUUUUUAAAUAUCAUCAUCAUCAUAUUAUUAUUAUUAUUAUCAAUGGAAAAGGAGGCAUGCCGUAGCACAUGUAUGAAAGUCAGAGGUCAAUGUCAUGGAGUCAGUUUUUUACUUUCAUUUUUAUAUGGGUUCUUAGGAUCAAAUUCAUGUUGUCAUGCUUGUGUGGUAAGUGCUUUACCCACCAAGUCACCUAGCCAUUCCUGUAUUUUUUAAUACAGUAGAAAUAUUCACCAUUUAUUCCUUUUAGCACUAAAAUUUAUUUUAUGCUUGAUUUCAGGGUGAGUGUAUUUUAAUAAACUUAUUUAAAGAAUAAAAUGAGUGGUUCUAUUGUCUUUUAGAUAUUUAUGGCCCCUAUAAACUUAUAUAUUUGAAUGUUUAAUCAUCAGGGAGUAGCACUACUUUAGAAGGAUUAGGAGGUGUGGUCUUGUUGGAGGUAGGUUUUGAGGUUUCAAACGUGCAUACUAGGCCUAGUGUUGCUUGUUCUCUUGGCCUGUGGAUCAGAAUAUAGUUCUCAGCUACUGUUCAAGGGCCAUGAGUGCCACCAUGCUCCCAUUAUGUUUCCAGCAAUUUGAAAAUGGGCUAACUGAAAUGUAAGCAAGCUCCAAAUAAAUCUUUUCUUGUUAUGA